CGCUGGCUCCUACAUCAAUCAGAAAAGUCAUUGUAACGUCAAACUAGUUGAUGGUGCCGUUAAAACCUUUUGCAUUUGUUUACCGUUUACCGUCCAAUUAAGUGAAGUGCAUCCAAUAACAUGAGUACAGGAAGGAGCCCAAAACUCCCGAAAAUUUCCAUCCAAGACGUGGAAGUCAUUAAACCAGCGAACCAGCUUUCCAUGAAGUUACCUGGCAAUAGCACAGCAGCGAAAAGAAUGAAAUUAAACAACUCCACAUCAGCUCAAUUACGAAGUCCAUCGAUUAUGCUAAAUGCGACGAUCAACUUGAACAGAAGCGCUUCAAGUAGUGUCAAGAAUGUCCAUCGCACCAGCGAAGAUUUCUUCCUGAAGAACGAAAACAAUUGCUUCUACAAAUGUGUCCUCUGUUCGGAAACCGUCAACUCGAAACCAUCCUACAAGAAUCACAUGCGAACAAUCCACGAUACUGACUUAGGCCGAUACUACAUCCAAAGGGGGUUUGUGGAUGCGACUAAAGAAUUUUGCACGGAAUUCGUUCAAACCGAUUUCAAUAUCAUCCAGUCACUGACCAGCAUCUUCGAUCAAAUCGACAACAUCGGGCGAAUCAUUCGGGAUCAUAAGAAGCGGUUUCGAUGCGCCGAUCAUGAUGUUGAGAAUGGUAUAACGGACGCGUUUGUGAACGACGAGGUUGUUGUGCUGAAAUUGUGUGGUGAAAUGAUACAGCGAGCAAGUAACAUUCUGAUGGAGAAAAAUGAAUUGAUUACCUGCCUACAGGAAGAGGUGGCAGAAUUGGUGCAACAGGAUUUCAAUCAUUCCGGAACAGAAAAUCACCAGAACGACAAUCGCCAGGAUGAAAAUCAGUUUGGAGAAGAAAUUGUAAAAGAGGAAGAGGAGCCGGUGUAUGAACUGUACUACAUUGAAGACGAUGUAAAUGAUAUCAAUCAACAACAGUCUGACCCAAGCAAAGUGGAAGAAAUUAAUUCAACUCCAAGUACUGCAUCGAAACGGGGAAGGCCCAAAGGUGAUUUGGCUCGAACUCUUAACGAUUGCCUAUCAGAACUUCCCGAAGCUACAGCCGAGUAUAUCCGUUCAAUGACCCCAAACCGCGACUCCAAGUAUCAGUGUAACAUGUGCGACGUUUCUGGUAAAACGAAAAUGCUUUUGUGCGUGCACUACUUGCGUGUUCACUUGAAACGGAAAGAUAAAAUUUGCCCGCAUUGCGAUCGGGGAUUCGCCAGCCAAGGCGAUUUGACGCGUCAUAUCAGAAUUCACAGUGGGGAUUGUCCGUUUAAGUGCGAUUAUCAAGAUUGCACCAGUGAAUUCAAAACCAGCGGCGACCUGAAAAAGCACAAAAUUGUUCACGAACGGGAUCGUCUGGAUCGCCCAUUCGAGUGUUCCGAAUGCACAUCGAAAUUUGUACGACAGACUGAUCUGACGCGCCACAAGAAAAUCCAUUUGUUGGGCAAAGUCGACAACGUUGGCUUUAAGUGCGAGCUGUGCAGCAAAGUAUUUUACCGGAAGGAUUUGUUUCGAGCCCAUUCCAAUCAUCAUCUGAAAUUGAAACCGUUCGAAUGCGACCGUUGUCAAAAACGAUUCGCUAAGAAAUACGACCUCCUGAAACACCGUGACAAGGAACAUAAGGCGGUAAAUUGUGACGAAUGCGGUAAAUGUUUCGAAUCACGUGCGAAGCUGAUAGAGCAUUUUAACUCGGGUAUGUGUAAAGAUGCGAAAUCGGGUUCAAUGAAGUGAAA